AUUAACUCGCUCCAUCUUCCAUCUUUUCCCGCCAUUUCGAAGUUUCUCUGUCCCCGACUCAUCCUCCGCCUUCACCCGGAUCUGUGACCUGAGAAAACGAUACGACGUUUACUCAAGAUGACCAUGGAAGAAGUUGACAGUGGGAGAGAUGCCAUGGAGAUCGAUGGCUGUGAACCCGAAGGCCAAGAAAAGAUGAGAGAAAAUGCCGUUCCCGAUGGAUUCAACGCUAAUUAUCUCAAAGUCUACUAUGGAAAGCUUUUUCCACACUCGGAUUUGUUUAAGUGGAUGUCUUAUGGAAAUGAUGGGAAGCAUCCUGCCUGCGAUCAGUCCUACAUUGGCCGAAGAGAAUUUUCUUUCACAUUGGCUGAUGACAUUUACUUGCGGUUCCAGUCUUUCAACAGCGUCCACGAAAUGGAAAAUUCCAUCAAAGAAAAAUGCCCAUUCAAAAUAGAUAUUGGGCCCGUGUAUAGUGUGGAUCCUACUAAGAGGCAUGCAUAUGCACAAUCCGGUGACAAUGUUUUUACUCCAGUUGAGAGGGAGCUAGUUUUUGAUAUUGAUAUAACAGAUUAUGAUGAUGUUAGAUAUUGCUGCUCCGGUGCUGAUGUUUGCUUGGACUGCUGGCCUCUAAUGACAGUAGCUAUUAAAGUGAUUGAUACUGCCCUCAGAGAUGAUUUUGGGUUUAAUCACAUUCUUUGGGUGUAUAGUGGUCGACGUGGUGUCCAUUGCUGGGUUUGUGAUGGAAGAGCAAGAAGGUUGUCCAAUGAACAGAGGGCUGCUAUUGCUGAUUAUUUCCGGGUCUACAAGGGCAAUGAAAAUAGUCAGAAAAAGGUUUCUUUAGUAGGUCCUGCUCUCCACCCUUUCCUUGCGCGUUCAUAUACUGAAGUUUUGAAGGAUUUCUUUGAGGAGAAGUUACUCCCUGGUCAAAAGUUAUUUUCAACUGAAGAGAGAUAUGAGAAGAUCCUAAAAAUAAUUCCUGAUGAAUCUAUUACUUCUGAGCUUCGGGGAAAGUGGCAGGAGAACAGGCGGUCCUCCAUUUCAAAAGAAGAUAUUAAUGCCAUUCGUUGGGAGCAACUAAAACAUAUGCUGCAAUCUGGAAAGCAGAAGGCACAAGGUCUUCGCAGGUGUGUUGAAGAGAUUGUGUUCUCUUAUACCUACCCUAGGCUUGAUAUGGAGGUUUCAAAACACAUGAACCAUUUGCUAAAGGCACCAUUUUGUGUGCACCCAAAAACAGGUCGUGUGUGUGUUCCUAUUGACCCUAAAAGUUGUGAGGAAUUUGAUCCUACCAGUGUACCAACCCUUUCCAAGCUUUUGGAAGAACUUAACAUGGGAGGUUUUAGAGCAGAUGCAGAUGAUGAAUGGGAGAGAACCUCACUUGGAAAAUCAGUCAAGUUUUUCAGAUUAUCAUUCUUGCAGCCUUUACUGAAGUCCUGCAAGGAGGAGAUUGAAAGUGCUUACAACGCCAAGCUUCAGCUCUCAAAGAAUUCUCUGAGUUGGUAGUGCUUUCCCUGUUUAUUUCAUUACCCUCCAUUUCUGUUCAGAGAAGACCUCUCAGCAGUAGACUAGGACCUUUCACCUGAUGCAGGAAGUGCAAAGCUAAUGAUCAUUAGACACUUGGUUGUUAUUAUGACGUGAAAUGUCUUGCAAAAUUCUGUCCAAUUAUGAAGGAAUUUUAACAAUUAUGUAUCCACAAAACAAAGCGAAUCUGUGUUCAAUUAAUUUAAAUUGGUCCAUUUUUCCUCA